CUCGCACCUCCCCCGGAUGUUUCCAGGGCAACGGGAGCAGCAGACCCCGCCAAAGGCAGCCCAGUAGACCCCCGCGCGCAGCCAUGAGCCCCGCCUCCCACUGGCACUCGGAGAGGGGCGGGACCUGGAGCGAGGCUGCUUCGUGACCCCACCAUGUCUUCCCCCACCACGAGUUCCGCGGACACCCCCCAGCCUGGAAAUGCCCCUCCUCAGCCCAGCACUUCCUCCUCUUCACCCACUAUAAAGAAGGAGGGCCCUGAGCCGUGGCCUGAGGGUCCGGACCCUGAUGUCCCAGGCACCGAUGGGGCCAGCUCGGCCUGCAUCGUGGUCAUCCUAGAGCCAGAUGAGGAACCAGAGCCUGAGCGCAAGCGAAAGAAGGGCCCAGCUCCAAAAAUGCUGGGCCAUGAGCUCUGCCGCGUGUGUGGGGACAAGGCCUCUGGCUUCCACUACAACGUGCUGAGCUGUGAAGGCUGCAAAGGCUUCUUCCGGCGCAGCGUGGUCCACGGUGGAGCCGGGCGCUACGUCUGCCGGGGCGGCGGAACCUGCCAAAUGGAUGCCUUCAUGCGGCGCAAGUGCCAGCAGUGCCGGCUGCGCAAGUGCAAGGAGGCAGGGAUGAGGGAGCAGUGUGUGCUCUCAGAAGAACAGAUCCGGAAGAAGAAGAUUCAGAAGCAACAGCAGCAACAGCAGCAGCAGCAGCAGCAGCAACAGCAGCAACAGCAGCCAUUGCCUGUGGAGCCAGGGGGCAGCAGCAGCUCAACCUCUGGCCCAGGGGCUUCCCCCGGAGGGUCCGAGGCAGGGGGCCAGGGCUCUGGGGAAGGUGAGGGCAUCCAAUUAACAGCGGCUCAGGAACUAAUGAUCCAGCAGUUGGUGGCGGCCCAGCUGCAGUGCAACAAGCGCUCCUUCUCCGACCAGCCCAAAGUCACGCCCUGGCCCCUGGGUGCAGACCCCCAGUCCCGCGAUGCCCGCCAGCAGCGCUUCGCACACUUCACGGAGCUGGCCAUCAUCUCCGUUCAGGAGAUUGUGGACUUCGCUAAGCAGGUGCCUGGCUUCCUGCAGCUGGGCCGCGAGGACCAGAUCGCCCUCCUGAAGGCGUCCACCAUCGAGAUCAUGCUGCUGGAGACGGCCCGGCGCUACAACCAUGAGACGGAAUGCAUCACCUUCCUGAAAGACUUCACCUACAGCAAGGACGACUUCCACCGUGCAGGCCUGCAGGUGGAGUUCAUCAACCCCAUCUUUGAGUUCUCAAGGGCCAUGCGGCGGCUUGGGCUGGACGAUGCUGAGUACGCCCUGCUCAUCGCCAUCAACAUCUUCUCCGCUGACCGCCCCAACGUGCAGGAGCCCAGCCGCGUGGAGGCGCUGCAGCAGCCCUACGUGGAGGCGCUGCUCUCCUACACGCGCAUCAAGAGGCCGCAGGACCAGCUCCGCUUCCCGCGCAUGCUGAUGAAGCUUGUGAGCCUGCGCACCCUGAGCUCCGUGCACUCCGAGCAGGUCUUCGCCCUGCGGCUCCAGGACAAGAAGCUGCCGCCUCUGCUGUCUGAGAUCUGGGAUGUCCAUGAGUAAGGGGCCGGCCGCCCCGGCCCCCAGCCUUGCCUGACGCCCUUCAGCGUAUGGAUGGACGCCAUCACCCUUCUCCCUCCAGGGUGGGAAGGGGCCUGGGCCAGGCCUGUUUGUCUUUUGCCUUUUGGCCUUCAGGAUGAGUCUCAGUUGGGGUCCAGAAGUCGCCUUCCCCGCCCACUGUCUUCCAGGAAGGGUGAUGGGUCCAAGUCCUGACCUCUGACAUCUGACCUCUCCCACUGCCCUCCCUGCCCAGCUUACACCUCCAGCCACCACACAGUGCACCUUGAACAGAGUGAGGGCUGGCUGGGCCCCAGGCCUGGGAGGCCACAGUAGCCCUCCUCCUCUGUUCCUUUUAUUUAAUAAAAACAAAAACAAAACAAAAACAA